GACGGUCCGGCCGGGAGGAGGGAGGGAGGGUCCGGGGGUCUCCAGGCCGCCCCCCGGGGCCGCCCUGGACGGAGCAUCGUGCCCGAGGAGCGGCGCCAACAUGCCCCCGGCCGCCCGGCCUUAGCUCUCCAUCCUCCCUUUGUUCCUCCUCCUCCCGACGCCCGCCACCCCCGGGCUUCUUCUUUGCUUUUUUUUAAAAAUCCCCCCAUCCCCGUGCGCUAAGCGGUGGAUGCCGGCGGGCCCCCGUGGCAGCUGAGCGGGGAGGCGGCGCCCUCCCGUCGCCCCCCAAGGUGCCCGCCCUCCUCGGGGUCCCGGGGCGAUGGGGGGCAAGCAGAGCAGCGCGGCGGCCCGCUCCCGGGGGCCCUUCCCCGGCGUGUCCAGCGACGACAGCGCCGUGCCUCCUCCGGGAGGGCCUCCGCACUUCGGGCACUACCGGGCGGGCGGCGGCGGCGGCGGGGGCGGCGGGGGCAGCGGGGCGAUGGGCCUAAGGAGCCGGUCGGUGAGCUCGGUGGCGGGGAUGGGGGUGGAGCCCGGCCCGGCGGGCCCGGUGCCCUUCGGCCUCUACACCGCGGCCGCCCGCGGGGCCGGCGAUGCGGACCGGCCGGGCGGCGGAGGGGCCGGCGCCGACUCCGCCUACGCCCCCGGCAACGGUUACCAGGAGACGGGCGGCGGUCACCCCGGAGACGGGAUGCUCUACCUGGGCUCCAGAGCCUCGCUGGCCGACGCGCUACCUCUGCACAUCACCCCCCGGUGGUUCAGCUCCCACAGCGGUUUCAAGUGCCCCAUUUGCUCCAAGUCCGUGGCUUCCGACGAGAUGGAAAUGCACUUUAUCAUGUGUCUCAGCAAACCCCGCCUCUCCUACAACGAUGAUGUGCUGACUAAAGAUGCAGGCGAGUGCGUGAUCUGCCUGGAGGAGCUGCUGCAGGGGGACACAAUAGCCAGGCUGCCCUGCCUGUGCAUUUAUCACAAAAGCUGUAUAGAUUCGUGGUUUGAAGUGAACAGAUCUUGCCCUGAGCACCCUUCAGAUUGACCUGCUGGACAAUGCUCGCUCACUCCUCUCCAAGCCCCUGCACUUCCUCUUCUCUCGCCCCGCUCCUCUUUCCAAGCCCAGGCUGGAGCAGUCAGGCACUCUCGGACUUUUGGCCGUGGACUGCGUUGCCCCCGACUGUCUCGCUUACUGGGGAGUGGAGCCAGCUGACUCAGAGACGGGGCGGGAGGGUGUCCGGCCCCGGCCCCCUCAGCGGGGAACGUGUAGGUUUGAUCUUGCGUUUUCUUUUCCAGGGCACCUUGCUUUACUGCUGACCACCCUCUCCUCUCCCCCUCCCCACCUGUCCCCACCUGUCCCUACAGAGUUCUGGGCUGACGUUUUUCUCUAUUUUUGCAAAAACAAAAAGGAAAACCCCACCAAAACUGAAUCCGCUCCAACUCCUGUCAUCGAUGGCUCCGUUGGAUUUUUUUUUGUCUCAUUGCUUUGGUUCUUGGGUUUUUUUUAUUUAUCUCAAACCACCCCAGAGGAGAUGAUGCGAGAAAAAUCAGGGACAUUGGCUCUUUCUUUCUACCUUCACCUAAAAGACUGAUGACAUGGGGAGAGAAGAAGAAAGGAGCAAAGGAGCCAGAGAGAGAGAGUGAGGGGGAGAGAGAGCAAGCGAGCUGGAAGGGAGAGCAAAGCUGGAUGGGCCUCCUGGAAUCCCGUCUUGAUGUUUGGCUUCGGGAACAGCCCCCCCACCUCCUCCCACCCCCUUCCUAGACGGUGGCAGCAGUCAGGCUGGCCCCCGCCCGGGCUGCAGCGGGACGGAGCCACCCCCGGCUUUCCGGCCAGACGGAACGCAACGUAUUUAUUCCAGUCCACAAAAGGAAAUAACCUUGCUCCCAGGACCAGGCGCGGCAGGCGCCGGACACACGCAGGCCAUGCUCCCGCACUGCCGUGCAAGAGGACCGUUCCCCUUGGCAGGCCGGACCCCAGCUGAAUGAGGAGGAACUUGGGAGAAGAAGAAAAAAAAUUU